AUGGAUAAUACAAAUCAGUCAGCUAAAGCUGACAAAAAGUCCGCAAAAUCCGACAAUGCUGAUGCCAAGGGAAGAAACCGGAAGUUCAGCAAGGUUGCUGGAAAACAGGCAAGUGCAUUUAUGUUAAAUAAUUUCAAAGACAUCUUAGUCACCCUCUAAGAUCGAAGUUUCAUCCGCGACCAUCAGGCCUGAGAUUCCAGAAGAGCCCAUCCCGUCUAUUUAUCAUGAAGAAGUUAUUGCUAAUUACAUGCUUCAAGAGAGCCUACCUGACGAUGAGGCUAUGGCCUUCACAUUGACUGAGGAGCAGCAGACAGCCAUAUUUGGCACUCAGGCGCUGUCAAGUCUGAGGAAAGAAGAAGCCCCUGGAGAUGCAGAUCCCGAUGCUCCGCCUAAACCACCGACCUACUGCGGCCUUUCUCGUGACAAAACUGAACUUCUUGGCGUGCUGGACAGCGAGUUGACGGAUCAAAACCUGGAUGUCCUGAGAGAAAAAGUCAACGACUAUCCCGGCACCUGUCUAACGUUUAUCGCAGAUCCGAGCCAAAAGUUCGGCGGUAACUUCCUGCUUAUUCUGUCGCAAGAAUUGGACAAUCAGUUUCGUAUCGAAAAACUAGAGGUAGUUCCCACUAAGACCGAAAAGGAGGAUGUGAUGGAGGAGGCAAACGACUCUGUUGCCUACAUAGACGCCCGAGCGGACAAACCUUGGGUGAGUCAGGGCUCAGACAGGGAGAUUAUCCAGGCGAGCUUCUUUGAGACGAGACCACGCGUAGUGACCAACUAUGAGCGCCCGAGACGCGAGUUCUGUGCCCCAUCUGCGUUAGUAAAUCUGGAUGCAAGGAAAAUGUAUAAUGAAGUCAAGCCCUACGAAGACAAGAGCUUUGAGGUACCCAUUCUUGAACUGGAGAAGGGAGUCUGCUGCACGAAUCUCUCCUCUGAGCAUUACACUAACACAGAAUGGCGCUAUCCGCGCAAUCAGGUAGUCCAGUAUGAGGCGAGAUCUAUGGGUCCAGAAGACCUACAGACGUAUACUGGAGUUCAGACGCCACUUAAGGGUAUCGGAAACCUGCUUCCAAUAUUUGAACAGGGAUUAAAGCAGAAUCUCAUGUACGAUUUUCUCUUCGACGACUAUAUUAAUUUGGCUCUGGGAGACGAUACCUAUGACAACAAGUCGGGAAACACCUUCAAAGAGGUUAUCUCCUUCACAGACUUAAAGUUCAGCAAGGACAAGGCAGUUACCCAUAUUGAAUGGCACCCAACGAUUGAAGGUCUCGUCGCAAUGUCGGUGGGAGAAAAGUUAACUUAUGACUCCCGCAUUGAGCAGUGGUCACGGAUUCUGACGACACCUUCCUUCAUAAUAAUUUGGAGUUUCUUUGAGCCCAUACAACCACAGCUCCUGUUGGAAGCCCCCGAAGAUAUACUCUGCUUCCAGUUCUCACCAACGGAUCCAAAUAUCAUCGCUGGUGGUUGCUUCAACGGGGAAGUAAUUUUGUGGGACAUCUCAAGAUAUGAGAAGGAUCUGAGUAAUGUCAUCGAAAAGGUUAAGAGCAAGACCAAAGUUCCACUCUUCCAAUUUGAUGAAAAUGACGCACUGAAGGUAAAUACUUCGAUAUAUCUCACGUCUGAUUAUUUUGCCUUGAAUGGCUUUUAA